CAGCGAAAGUAGCACGACGGGACGGCAUGUUGUGCGAAAUACGAAGGUUAUAUAUUCAAUAGGACUGUUUAAUCUUUUUUUUUGUAUAUUUUUGUAACAAAUCCCUAGAUUUUUCUUUUUUGACAAGUACAUACUUAUCAGACAUCAGAACACAACAUCAGAAAUCAUGCUCCAACGUGUACGAUUUUGCUCUCAAGCCAGUGUAUCUGAUGUGCAAAAGUUGACCAGUUUAUUCAGUUGUUUAUUAAAUGAUGUACAGGUUCGUAGUUACCGCAGAGGUGGAAUAUUUGAUGAAGAAAAUGAGGACAAGAGUUAUAACUACAAUGAUAGUUCGUAUGAACGAAGAAAUAAUCAACAGAAGUCUUUUGGCUAUUCUGAAAAUUACAGGCCUGAUUAUAGGAGGGACAGAUUUAACCAAAGACCACGUUUCAAUCAGCGAAAUAACUUUCAAUUUAAUAAUUACACGAAUAAUCAACAGUCGUUUGCUAAGGACCUAACCAAACCAAUAUUUGACAUGAAUAGCUUACCUCCAGUUGAAAAGUAUUUCUAUAUUGAGCAUUCAGAUGUUACUGAUCGUUCUUUAGAAGAAGUUCAAAAAUACAGAGAACUCUAUAAUAUUGGUGUAAGAGGUAGAGAUGUUCCAAAGCCUAUUACUAGUUUUAGCGAAUUAUCUAUUCCUGAUAAACUAAUGAAUGUGCUAAAAUCUCAAGAAUAUUCAGAACCCACCCCUAUUCAAUCACAAGGCUGGCCAGUUGCUUUGAGUGGAAGAGAUAUGGUGGGAAUUUCUCAGACAGGAUCAGGAAAAACUUUAGUGUUUAUGUUGCCUGCUGUUAUUCAUGCCAUUAAUCAACAAUCAUCUGAUCCACAGUGGGCUGAAUGUAAGCCUCAAGUACUAGUAUUGGCUCCAACAAGAGAAUUAGUACAACAAAUUCAUGAAGUUAGUCACAAAUUUGUUACAUCUUGUAAUCUGCUUAGCUGUUGUGUAUAUGGUGGAGCAUCAAAAGUAAAUCAAAGGCGUUAUCUGAAUGGCUCACAGAUCUGCAUUGCAACACCUGGCCGUUUGAUUGACUUUGUUUCAGAAAAUGCCAUCAAUUUAAAUCAUUGUACUUACCUAGUAUUAGAUGAAGCUGAUAGAAUGUUAGAUAUGGGAUUUGAGCCUCAGAUAAGGCAAAUCAUCAAUCAAAUAAGGCCUGAUCGUCAAACCUUGAUGUGGAGUGCUACCUGGCCACGAGAGAUACAAAAUCUUGCUGAGGACUUUUUGUCCGAUUACGUUCAAAUAACUAUUGGUAGUGGACAGCUUGCUGCAAAUCCCAAAAUCGAGCAAAAUAUUUAUGUAAUGAUGGAGGGUGAAAAAGAUGACAGGCUUGUUUCACUUUUAGAAGAAAUAGUUAAUAGGAAGGAAAAUAAAGUUCUUGUCUUUGCUCAAACCAAAAAGAAAGUGGAUUAUCUUGAUAUGUUUUUGCAUCACCAUAAAAUUAAUGCUAUGUGUAUUCAUGGAGAUGUUUCUCAAUCAAAAAGAGACUAUGUUCUUAAAAGUUUCAGAGAGUUGAAGAAGUGUGUUUUAAUAGCUACAGAUGUUGCAGCCCGAGGCUUAGAUAUCACUGACAUUGAUCAUGUAAUAAACUAUGACUUUCCUCUCAAUAUUGAGGACUACAUUCACAGAAUAGGACGUACUGCACGAGGAAAUGCUUCUGGGGUUGCUCACUCAUUUUUUACUUCUGAAAAUUCUGGAGUAGUCAGAGAUCUUCUGUCAGUUUUAAAAGCAGCUGGUCAACCCAUACCUCCAGAACUUUUGUCCAUGUCUCCUUCUAAUCAAAGGACAUUUAAAGAUAUUUACUCUUCAUUUAUUUUUGCAGGAAAUCGUUUUAUGGCUCCUAGAAAAAGUUUCCGAAAAGAGUAUGCCUUUAGUGCCUACUGAAUUUAUUGCUGAGGUGAUCAAUGAGCAAUAUUUUAUACUGAAUGUGUAUGUUAGUUUGUAUAUUUAGUUUUUAUUAAUUAUUAAAUACAUAUUGAAGAAUAAAGGUUUUGUUCUUUAAAAGAUACAG